GAGUGAGUGCGUGAGUGAGAGAGUGUGUUGCAAGGCCGAGAAGAGAGCACCAUCAAAGUGGCGAGCCCGUCCAGUUUGGAAGGGAUCCCUGCGUCUGUGGGUGCACUCAGUUGCACAGUCCACUUGAUAAGCAGUAAAGGAUUCGCCAUGCAAGGAACUCGCUGCAAACCACUAGUAGUUCUCGAGGCAGGGCUGUGCCCAAAAGGCUUCAUCCCAAGUUGUCAUCAUCAAGCCCAAAGUGUUUAGAGUGAUACCUUUGAGACCGGAAUCGGCCCACCAUCCCUCGUGUUGUCGAAUGUGUCUCUGUGUACUAAAAUGUUCACUGGUCGAUCCUUGGCGGAGGAGUGUUUGUUCAGGGGAAUAAGUGUUCCAAUCAUGUGAUUUGACGGCUUAUUUGGAGUGCUGGUAGGAAGUGACCGCGGCCAACAAAACAACCAAUGGUUUCGCAUGAUUCCAGACAUUGAUCACUAGUGAGUGAUUCACGACAACGAAAUCCUAUCAAAAUCAGAUUUCCGUUAGAUCGGAUUUGGAUUAGCUCCGACCUUCGGCAGAAUGUUGGAACCAAGUUCAAGUGAAGAAGAGGACGAUGACGUUCCACGUCAGCAUGUCAACAAGAAAGCCCCGCCCAAUGGAACGGUUUCCGGUGGGGGCGGUCCACCUGGUGGCACGGGCGGGAACAGUGUCGACCAACCGAAGGCCACACCCACCAGUGCUCCUAAUACGACAACAACGGAUGGUGGUCGUAGUGGACAAGGUCAAGGAGGUGCCAAAUCCGGUGCCCAGGGUGAUCACCCGGGAUCACCUCAACUCAGUCAGAACGAUGACAAGAAUCUCACUGAAGCAGAAAUUAGGGAGAAACAGGAACGAGAAGAACAAGACCGGAAAAAGCGGAUCCAAUUGUAUGUGUUCGCCCUUCGAGCGAUUGCCUACACCUUCAACGCGAAGCAGAGCUCGGACAUGCAGAAAAGGCAUCUCAAGGUCACCAAGGAGGGUCAUGACAAGAUGAAGGCCAAAGUGGAGAGCUUCUUAAGGGGAGAAACCCAGAUCCCCACCGAUGAGGCUUUCCAAGCGUCUGUACAACAUUAUCGGGAUGUCUUCCUUCGAAGCGAACGAAUAGCCACGAUUGUGGCUGGCGGUGCCUUAAGUCAACAUGACUGCAGAGAAGUGUUCAGACAUCAAAUUGAGAAACGGAUACGAACCUUGCCAGAGAUCGACGGACUGAGCAAGGAGACCGUUGUGACCUCAUGGAUGGCCAAAUAUGAUGCAAUUAUGAAAGAGGACGAAGCUCGAAGACCAGGUCAAAGACCGACCACCGCCAUGCUCGGGAAUGAAGUCCUUAACAAGGAGCAACUUUACGAUCUCUUCCAACAAAUUUUGGGCGUCAAAAAGUUCGAGCACCAACUUCUUUACAAUGCCAUGCAGCUUGAAAAUUCCGACGAACAAGCAGCUGCAAUCCGGAGAGAAUUGGAUGCCCGACAAGAAAAGCUUCAAGAGAUGCAGAGGAACAAGAAACUGAUGCCAAAGUUCGUGCUGAAAGAGAUGGAAUCGCUCUACAUCGAGGAGAUGACCCAACAGAUUAACACUCUCAAAUCCAAUUUGGAAAUGCUUCCAGUUCAACAGAGCAAGCCCUCCGAGUCCAAAUAUGGGCUUCCAAAGUUCAAGCGAAACAACAAACGUAGGAACUCGGUUCUCAGUCGGUCCCAAAGCCAAAUGUCAAGAGCAGAGGACGACGACACGCACAUCACCUCUCUUUCCAAAUCAGACGUAGUCCUCAGUUUUCAAAUCGAGGUGGUGGUUCUGGAGGCUGCUAAUCUAAAGUCCGUGCCUAGUGAUCGCAUAAUCUAUUGCACCAUGGAGGUGGACAAUUCCAAUAAGUUGGUCACUGAUCAGGUGGAGGCCUCUCGUGGGAUGUGGGACACUCAGGGAGACUUCAGCACAUCGCAUCCACUCCCAACGGUGAAGAUUAAACUUUUGACAGAAAACUCGAGUAUGUUGGCCUUGGAGGAUAAGGAACUAGGGAAGGUCAUUAUUCAUCCCACGCCUCUCUCCAGCAAGGCACCCGAGUGGCACAAGCUUAAUGUUUCAAGAGGCUCGCCAGACAAAGAUCUCAAAUUGAAAAUCGCUGUUCGCAUGGAUAAGCCUAUGAAUAUGAAGCACUGCGGCUAUCUCUACGCUAUGGGGAAAAGCGUUUGGAAGAAAUGGAAGAAACGCUAUUUCGUGUUGGUUCAAGUCUCCCAAUAUACGUUCGCCAUCUGUAGUUACAAGCAAAAGAAAUCGGAUCCUAGUGAGAUGAUGCGCCUAGAUGGUUACACCGUCGAUUAUAUCGAACCGGCUGGAGCCAUGUUCUUCCAUAUGAACUCGAAAGGAAAGCCGAAAAAACAUGAUCUCGAGGGUGGCAAGCAUUUCUUUAACACGGUUCGAGAAGGUGAUUCGGUCCUCUUUGCCACCGAAGACGAACAAGAUGCCCACAAUUGGGUCAUGGCCUUCUAUCGGGCCACUGGCCAGGCCCACAAACCCACACCGCCUGUCACCACCGGAAAAAGCUCCUCCGUGACCAAAAACCAAGGAGCGGAUGCGGACCGGGCCCGUAAACACGGCAUGGAAGAGUUCAUUGCGGCCGAUCCGAUCACGUUUGACCACCACAACUUGUUCGGCCAACUCCAAACUUGGUCCUUGGAUUGGCGCAUAGGUGAUCCCUUCGCUUCUUUGGGAUGGUUCACUCCUGGUCAAUUGUACAUUUUGGACGAGUAUUGCGCCCGAUAUGGUGUUCGUGGAUGUUAUCGACAUCUUCGGUUGUUGGAAGAUCUCUUGAAUUGUUGUGAUAAGAACAUCAUAAUCGAUCCAACCCUGAUCCACUACAGCUACGCCUUCUGUGCGGAACACGUCCAUGGCAACAGUGCUGGGCCAAGCGUGACUCAAAAUCCCCUGGGAGACUUCUCGAACUCGCCUAAUGAUGCUAACAACAGGCCUGAUGGAGUUGGAACUGUCACUCAAGAAGAAAAGGAACAGUUCACACAAAUCAAGGAACGCCUACGAGUUCUUUUAGAGCACCAAAUUACAAACUUUCGCUUCUGCUUCCCGUUUGGUCGCCCAGAGGGUGCUCUCAAAUCAACAUUGUCACUCCUUGAACGGGUUCUCAUGAAAGAUGUGGCCACACCCGUCCCACAGAACGAGGUCCGUGGAGUGAUCAAGAAAUGUCUUGAGAAUGCAGCUUUGGUCAACUACGAGAGGCUCUCAGAAGAGGCCAGAAUAGAAGCGGAUCUGAAAAAUAACCAAGAGGAGAUGCUUGGAGAAGUGAUUGUGCCGCCUGGCAAGAAGCUAGAGAAUCUCAUCCGAUUGUCAGAGCUUUGUGUGGAUCUCUUACGCCAAAAUGAGGAGUUCUACGCUGAGGCCUUCGCGUGGUUUUCUGACCUCCUGGUCGAACAUUCGGAAAUAUUUUGGUCCCUCUUUGGGGUGGAUAUGGAUACUGUCCUGGCUGAACAACCCCCAGACACGUGGGACUCUUUUCCUCUCUUCCAAAUCCUGAACGAUUACCUCAGAAUGGACGAUAACUUAAAGAACGGCAAGUUCCACCAACACCUCCGUGAUACCUUUGCUCCUCAAGUGAUUCGGUAUGUGGACCUCAUGGAGUCCUCCAUAGGCCAAAGCAUUCACAAGGGAUUUGAGAAGGAGCGCUGGGAAAUUAAAGGAAGAGUUCCUCAACCCUGUAAAGGGAAACCAAGCAACGGCUGUGCAACCUCUGAGGAGCUUUUCUGGAAACUAGAUGCCCUCCAAUCCUUCAUCCGAGAUCUCCAUUGGCCCGAUCCCGAAUUUGGGCAACAUCUCAAUCAUCGAUUGAAGAAAAUGGCUUGCCAUAUGAUCGACUCCUGUAUCAAAAGGACGGACUCGGCUUUCCAAAACCAUCUGAAGAAAGGAAUCUUGUUGAACCCCACCGAAUACAUUCUGACCACUGAGAUCUGCGCCAUGGUUAAUGUCGUCCUGGACGCCAAAAACCAAUCGUUCAAGCUGUGCUCUGUGGACGGAGUGGACAUGGACAAGCAGAAGGAGGAAGGGAAAAAGAAAAAGCACAAGUAUCACUCUGAAGUUGACGAUCUCAUUGAGAGCACGUUGAAUCACAUGAGGAGUGGCUUGGUGGGCAAACUCAUCUCUGUUCUGGAGAGUGUUCUCAACAAGCUCGGUCGUUACGACGAGGGUAGCGUCAUUGGUUCGAUUCUCUCCAUUGCCAAUAAACACAAUGUUACUGGAAACGGGUCAGGCCUGGGGAAACAAUACAUGAACUUUGUUCGGGCCAACAUGGAUCAAAUUGCCAAGAAGAUCACUGAUGACCUCUGGGUUUUGAGUGUCAUGGAGAGAUGGUAUUCCGAACAAGUCCAAUUGCUGUGUACCUGGCUCACGGAUCGUCUAGACCGCUCUUUACACCCUUAUCAGUGCACUUGUCUUGCUCACAUCGUCAAGAAACUGUACCCCGAAUUUGAGCUGAUUGGCAUCGCCGAGCAGAAGCUCAAUUCCCAGCAUUGGCAGAGUGUGGAACAACGAAUGACCACCGAAGAGGCUGCCUGUGCUCUCACCGGAGCCGAGGCCGAUGACAAUGACGACAUCACCAUCCGUGAAGAGGGGGAAACGUGGGAGGAAGACGAUGUUGCUCCCAGCAAUGGUAAGGGUCCUAAUCCUAUGGAUGCUGCCAAUGCCAUGAAGGAUGCCUUGGCCACGGGAGGUGUGGAUAAAGCGGCCACCAAACUUAUCGGGGGUGUGACAAAGGGAUUUGGAGGAUUGGCCGGCAAGGCACUGGGCAGUUUCUUCUAAACAGUCAGAUCUGACCACUUGUUAUAGAAUGGACACUUUUUUCCUCUAUCAUCACCUCUUCUCCUCUGCCUCCUUCUCCUCCCUCUCCCUUUCCCUCUCCCUCUCCUUCUCUUCAUAUUGCAGUUAUAUUGUUUCAAAACAUGAGUUUAAACAAGAAGAAGAGGAAGAACCUAUUGCUGUGAAAGUUGAUCCGGUUAAAUUGUUGUGCGGGACACCACUUUGUUCAAUCAUUUUACUUCGUGCCCUUCCUAGUAGCAAAAGGUUGCGUGAUUCAAAGUCAAAUAUUUCCGACCGGAAGAGUAGCGAUCCAAAUUAGAUACCCGUUCUUUGAUUGUCACCUCCAGCCUUGUUAUGAAUCUGUGAAAAGCAUCGCAUAUCAUGCCAAUCAACCCGAUGACAUUAACGACCCACUGUCAAGUUCCAACCACAUGUUGCUUCCUUUGUUUCCUCUCAAUCCAAAAUCAUGUAGCCUCAUCCACCUUUAUGGAAUGGCGACAUUUUUGCCCCAUCACAGGUACUCAAAAACGGUCAUGUCCAUGAGUGAUUUAUUUCAAUUAUCUCCUCCUUUCUUAUGGCCCCUGGUUUGUACAUAGACGCCUCAAAAGUUGAUCCGUUACGUUGUCAUUUCAUUUUGGACCUCAAAUUUAUACUAUUGUUUAGAAAGAGAGAUUCUAUAUUUACCCUCGACUAUGCUUCCCAAUCAAGUUAUGAUUUCUCUUCAAAGUUUGCUUAUCACUCAAACAAA